AUGGAAGUGUUCAAACUGACAUGGAAGGUGCCAAAAGAAAAACUCAAAAUUAUUUUCAACAAAAACGCCGACGCGGUAAGUCACUCUCAUUUUUCCCGAACAAAUGUGGCUUCAGAAAAUGCAACGAGAGCUAGUAAACCAGAAGGAAAAAGAUGAUAAUCCAGCGAUUGCUCUGACGUCACGAAGACGUGUAUUCGGCUCGUACGCUUUAGUGGGGACCCAACGGGCCGAGCCCACACAAUUUCGGCAGCUGAAAAAGAUAAAUUUCACCGAAGACAAUUUGGAUUACUUGUACAAGCUGAAACAGUUGCAACAUGACAAUUUGACCAAGUUUUUUGGAAUUGCUGUAAAUGACGUGGAAAGUUUCACGGUUUUGCAUUCGUUAAUUGAAAGAGGUACUUUAGAGGUAUGCAUUUCCUAGAACAUUGAGCUGAGUAAAACAGAAAUUUUAUAGGAAUUUUGUUUCGAUCGUGAUUUCGGAAUGGAUGAUACGUUCAAGUCUGCGUUCAUGAGGGAUAUUUUGAAGGUAAGUAAACUUAUUUUGCAUCAAAAAUUCAAUCGCAAACAUUUUUAUUUAUAUUUUGUCACAUGAACACAUAAAAAUUCAUGUUUAGGGUCUUCAAUACAUCCACAAAUCCCCAAUCUCGUACCACGGUUAUCUACACGCGGCCACAUGCCUCAUAGACAUCAACUGGGUGCUCAAACUCACUUUAUACGGUGUGAGCAACAUCAUUUGUGACAAUCUGGAUGCAAUGAACAUCAAAUACAGCGACGGCGGACCUCCAUUGAGUUAGUACCGUGACUUUAAAGCAAAAAUGUGAAAAAAAUUCAGUGGCCUACUCGCAAUACAUAUGUUUUCCACCUGAACAUUUGCGAGAGUAUGAUGUGACCGGGAAAUCACCGGUGAGAAUGGUUCGUGGAAGCGCUCCAGGGGAUAUUUAUUGUGUUGGAAUGAUAUUUUACAUGAUGGUCGAAAGAGAAGACCCGUAUCAACUGAACAACGCUGUAGAACGACCAGCUGGUAACCGUUCACGUUUUACUGUAAUACUCUUUUUGUGGCAUCAGAUCUAUUUUCUCAAAUUAUCAACAAUAAUCUAAUGCCACGUGUCACUGAAGACUAUCAUGCUGAGAAUCAGCUCUUGGAAGUCUGCAAGGAGUGUUGGGAUCGGGAUGCCACAAAAAGACCCAAUGUCAAGAAACUUUUGGAAACAAUUGCCAAAGUUUACCCCUCGUCAAAGGGUAACUUAGUGGAUCAGAUGAUCAAAAUGAAUGAGAAGUAUGCGGAUGAGUUGGAGCAAAUGGUAGCAGUCAGAACAGCUGAUUUGGCUGAUGCUCAAAGACAGACUAUGCGAUUGCUGAAUGAAAUGUUACCAGCGUAAGAGUUGCAUGUUAGAAAACCCUCCGAGUUGUUGUUCAUUAUUUCAGAAGUAUCGCAAAAGACCUGAAAAACGGUAUUAUCGCACCACCAAGAAGUUAUGAGUCAGCAACUGUCAUGUUCGUCCAGAUUUGUGAAUUUAAUGCGAUUAUGAAAAAAAGCUCUCCGGAUCAGGUACUUUUCACCGCAAAUUUUCAACUUUCCGCUUUCUUACAGGUCAUCAUGUUCCUGAACGAUAUUUUUGAUCAAUUUGAUACAGUAAUCAGAAAGCACGAUGCUUACAAGGUCUUUGUUCGACAUUUUCACAAAUUCCCAAAAUAACAUUUUCAGGUAGAAACAACGGGAGAAACAUACAUGGUUGCUUCGGGUGUACCACAUGAAAAUGAGGGCCGGCACAUCUUUGAAGUGGCUGAAAUCAGUUUGGAGAUUCGAGAGAUAUCCUAUGGCUACUAUAUGCCCCAUGAUAAAGAUUAUAAGGUGCAUUUUGAUAUUAUCAGUAUCCAGAAGAACACGUUAUUUCCAGAUUCGAAUCCGUAUCGGAUUUCACGCCGGACCCAUCGCCGCGGGAGUAAUCGGAAUCCGCUCUCCCAGAUAUUGUCUUUUCGGUGAUACCGUCAAUUUCGCUUCAAGAAUGCAGUCGAAUUGCCCGCCUAAUCAAAUUCAGACCAGUGAGAUCACCGCCAGAUUACUCUUCCAAUCUCAUGAGUAUAAACUGGUCAAAAGAGGAAUUGUUCAUGUGAAAGGGAAAGGUGAGUCGAAAGAUAGAGAGAGAGAGGGGUUUAUGAUAAUAUUAUGGACGAUCAAAGUCAAUUUCAGGAGAGGUAAACUGCUACUGGCUCAACGAGCACAUUCAUGAAGGCGAAGCUUACGAUGAACCACCGAUGACCCCUGCUCCACCUCUGCAGUCGAUCAAAAUCCCGUCGACUUCUGUAAUGACUGACCCACUGACUUCUCCUGUUUGA